AAGAAGGAGAAGAAGAAAAAGACAAGAUGAGCUCUGACACGAAGCAAGUGGCCAAGCGUGUGCUGAGCGCGGUCUUCUAUGGCUGCUCCUCCAUGCUCAUCGUAGUGGUCAACAAAGUGGUGCUCACGUCCUAUGGAUUUCCUUCAUUCCAAGUACUGGGGCUUGGUCAGAUUACCAUGGGCAUCCUCAUCCUUCGUGGGGGCAAAGCUCUACGUCUCAUCACAUUCCCAGAUUUCUCGAGAGAUACAGUCAGAAAGAUUUGGCCACUUCCAUUAAUCUACCUGUUUAAUCUCAUCUUUGGCCUCGGUGGAACAAAAAAACUCAGCUUGCCCAUGUUCACUGUGCUGAGACGGUUCUCCAUAUUGUUCACCAUGGUCGCGGAGUACUUCAUCCUGAGCGUGAGGGCUUCCAUGUUUGUCCAGGUUUCUGUGUACUUGAUGAUUUUGGGCGCCAUUGUUGCAGGAUUCUCUGACCUGGCGUUUGACGGCAUGGGCUACUCCUACGUGCUGAUGAACAACGUGGCCACCGCAGCCAAUGGGGUGUACACCAAGAAGAAGCUGGGAGCAAAGGGGUUGGGCAAGUACGGGCUGCUGUACUACAACUUCCUGUUCAUGUUCUUCCCCACGCUGUUCAUCGUUCUCUACUCCGGAGAGUUCCACCAGGCGCUAGAGUUCCCCCUUUGGAACGACCCCCUGUUUGUGACCCAGUUCUUCCUGUCCUGCCUCAUGGGCUUUGUGCUCAACUACGCCACCAUCCUGUGCACCGCCCUCAACUCGGCGCUCACCACCACCGUUGUCGGGGUCAUCAAGAAUUUGGCCGUGACUUACGGGGGAAUGAUGAUAGGCGGCGAUUACAUCUUCUCUCUGACCAACUUCACCGGAAUCAACAUCAGCGUUGCUGGCAGCGUCAUAUACUCCUACAUAACGUUCAAACAACGACCGACAUCCCCGGCACAGACUAUAGACGUUCCGUCCCCAAAUGUCGGCGACGAAGAAAAUAAACCCAGCAGCGCUGUCUCAAACGUAGUGCGCUUAGUACGUUAGUACCGGUAGUCACAUAGUACUGUGAGUGAGCGGGCACGGUUCUCCGCCUGACGGAGGGGAGGGAGCAGACGACAAGCUUCGGGCUAACCUUCACCUUCGUUCACCUUCACCUUCAACUUCGCUUUCUCCCAGACAGGUAUUUCUCGGCAGUGUACCGGUACAUCAUCAUACAGUUUUGUGUUUUCUUGUGAGAGAGAGAGAGAGAGAGAGAGAGAGACUAUGAAGGAAUUGGGAGGAGAGUAAGAGGGGGAAAAAAAGAGACAAGGAGAGCUAGUGCUAGUUGGUGGGACUUUCUUGGGUCUUGCCUCCUGAGGUAAUUUGUGGUUUGUAACUUGUAGAGACUGCUUUGUUGGAAUGUAGUUGUAGUUGAUGUGAGUGGAGUAAUUUGUCCAAUUGUAAAGACUUGAGUUUGACUAUUCUGUCGUUUGAAGGGAAGUCCGUGGUGGUUGAGUCUUGUCAUGUAUGAUGGGAGAGAAGGAGAGGGAGAGAGAGAUGGAGAGGAAAAGAGAAUGAAACUAUGAAGGAAUUGGAAGAGAGUGAGAGGGGAAAAAAGAGACAGGGAGAGCUAGUGCUAGUUGGUGGGACUUUCUCUGUACAAAUCAAGGCUUUUUUUUCUGCUUUCUCAGGUGAUACCAAUUUCUGGUAGAACUCAACAUAUAAAGUAUUAUUUUUUAUUUUUUUUCUUCUAACUUUCUAUUUUUAUUUUAUUUAUUAUAUUGCUUCAGUAGAUUGUGGUAAUACUUUUCAUUUCAUAAUUUUAAAAAGUGAACAUUUUUCUCAGUGAUCUCAGUUUGCAUAUAUAUGUGUGAGUGGUUGAUGGGUGAUCUGGUGUGGUUUGCUCCUUCUUUCCUCUCAAACAUCUAUCAACCUUAUCCUCCUUUUCUUGGUGAGUGAUUUGCGGGUGCUCUGGUGUGGUUUGCUCCUUCUUUCCUAUCAAACAUCCAUCGUCCUGAUCCCCCCUCCUUCUUUUUCGUGUGUGUUACUCUCUUGUAACACCUCUUAUCUUCGGCACUUAUAUGACCUUAUUGUGUUGCAAGUGCCAUAAAGCUCUUACUAAAACUAAUGGAACAACACACAACAGCCUUCCCUACGUCUGCAAGAGCCGGCACGCAGUCGACAACCAAUAAUGUGCGUGCCUGAGGAAAGGGUCCACAUGUGCGACUUUUUACUUUUUUCAAUUUAUUGCAUUUCUGUAUAAAAUAGCCUUUCCUGGUGCCUCUGUCUUUAAAUUUUUCCGAUACCUCAAACACGUUUGUGAGUGAGGGGUGUGCACCAACUACUUUUGAGGAAAUUGUAAAAAAUCAACGCCAUUUUGUAAUACUACGUAGUGGUAUGGCUUUUAAAAACACACUUAGAAGAAGAAUAUAUCAUAAUAUAUCAUCAUAUGCGGGAAAUAUUUUGUGAGGAUGGAGAACAAUGGUUGAUGAGUUGAUAUAUACGGGUCUCAAAUUUUCCACAAAAAAAAAAUAAAAA